AUGCCUGGUUCCGCUGCAGCUGGAGCUAUUGUUCGCACCACAGCUGCCGCUGCCGCUGCCUCUGUUGCUGCUACUGCUGUUGCGUCUGCUGGUUCAGCAGAGGUGGAAGAGGGGUUGCUCUGGCACGAUCGGGGCUCUGGUGCGGCGGAAGGAGCAGAUGCACCAGGUGCAGAUUAUGCAGAUGCACUAGACCAGGCAGAUGGGGGGGGUGAGAGGGAUUGUGGAGAUGAUGGGUCUGAUGGGCCCAAUGGGGCAGGUGGCUCAGACAGGGCAGCUCGGAUAGAACGGGCUGGUUCUGCAGUGCAGGCAGAGGGUAUGGAGGAGGAUGAGGGGCCUGGUAGGGCAGGAUUCAAUGCACCUGGACGGCAGGGUCUUGUGUUCAGGAUGCCGGUAGCUGGUCUGCCUCCUGGUAGGGGUUUGAAUGCUGGUGCUGCAGGACGAGCAGCACGAGGUGGCAGAGGGAGGGGGGUGGGUGACGUUACCGGCACAGUGCGAGGGGAUCGCAAGAGAAAUCUGGCACGGGGGAGUGCGUUUUUCAGAGGGAAUGCUGCUGAGGGUUUUGAAGAUUGUGAUGCUGAGGAUCUGGGGCAGGCUGAGGGUUCUGAAGGUGGUGAUGCAGGCAAUGGGGAUGGAGAAGGGGAGCGUUAUGGUGGUGGUGGUGUAGAUAGAAACGAGUUAGGUGAUACAGGGGAUGGGGCUGCAGGGGAGAUGCACAUCAGGAGUGGGAGUAGCGGCAUGAGUGGACUGUCGUUUGCUACUGAUGUUUCACAUGUGUUACGGUACUCAGCGGUGGGGAAGGAUGCGAUGGGCAAGGUGGCUGCGAAACUGGCCAGCUUCAGACACACUCCAGCGGAGAACAAACCGAGAGGGAGGAUGGGGCGCCGAUUGGGGGGCUUGAAACGACAACGAACCGCUGUAAAAACAACCUUGGAUGGGUUUAACGAGCAUCCCUCCUCCAUCAUUCGGCUGCUGAAGACGGAGCUAGGGAAAGAGGAUCCGGACACGUCAGCAUGGAGGGACGGUGCGGAUGGACGUAGCGAAACCAGCUUUGGGGGAGACACAGAGGGGAUCAGAAUAGGGAGAAGUGGAGCAGACGACGGGGGGGAUGAUGUGGUUCAGCAGCAGCAGAAAGAGGAGGGGGAGGAGGAGGAGGAGGAGGAGCAGAGGCAGGAGGAGCAAGAGGAACAAGAGAAGCAGGAGGAGCAACAGCAGGAGGAGCAACACCAGCAGCCUCAAGACCAGCCCAUACCUGAUCCAACAGCCAAUCAUGGCGAUUCCGCUACUCCUCUCAUUUCCACCGACAUUCCCUCCCCUGACAUCCACACUCCUGCUUCCUCUUCUUUUUCCUCCUCUUCUCCGUUCGCGCCUCAAAAGCUGACGUGGCACCCACACCCGGACCGGUACCUGUUGGCAGUGUGCGUGCGCGGGCAGGUGAACCACCGCAUUCAACCGCAUUGCCUGCCUCAACCGCCACCUCAUCCGUUUCACUCCACUCACCUCCCCUUCUACUGUUCUCUGCCUGUCCACCCCACUCAUCUCCUCUCAACCCUCGUGAACAACCGCAUUGGCUGCCUCUACCGCCACCACCUCAUCCUUUUUCGCUCCGCUCAACUUCUACUCCCCUCUUCACUUGCACCCCACCCCUCUCCUCUCCCCCUGCGUGCCCAUCAGGUGAACAACCGCAUUGGCUGUCUCUACCGCCACCUCAUCCUCGCAGCCCUGCUCAACCGCACGCUGCUCGUCCCGGCCCGCCUCCCCUCCCUCACCCCGCUGCUCUGCCAGCGGGGCACAUCCGGCCGCGCAUGCCCCUCCUACCCGCUCCCCCUCUUCUUGGACCUCAACCACACGAGACGCUGCCUGGGUGCCGCCUCCGUGAUCAGAUCAGACGAGUUUGCCGCCCGGUUCGGCCGCCCAGUGGAGGUGAACCACAUGCGGUGCUGGCACGGGCCGGAGGGGCUCUGCCACCCGACGUAUCCCAUAGUGAAGAAGAACUGUUUGGUGGGCACGGCGCUGAGUUACGUGGCUGAGAAUCUGCGGAAGAAGUUUGGCGGGCGGAGAGUGGCGAGCGAUGUGGUGCAUGCGAUGCUGCUCAACGGGUCUUCUCUGCAGCCUCACAGUGGCGUGUCUGAAGCUGAUGAGUCGUCCAAAGAUACGGAGUCAUUAACCUCGCCCUCCCUGUCGGACGAGCCCACAACUGUGGGAGACCACCUGCUGCAGCUCACAGGGAGAACGCUCAAGCACUCCUCCUCCUCUUCCUCCUCCUCCUCUUCCUCGUCCUCCUUUUCCUCCUCCUCCUCUUCCUCCUCCUCCUCUUCCUCCUCCUCCUCUUCCUCCUCCUCCUCUUCCUCCUCCUCCUCUACCUCCACCUCCUCGUCCUCCCCUUCCAACCCUGCAUCCUCCACCUCGCUGCCGAUCCGUCCCACGCCCAUCGACCCCAUCCGCAUGAUAAUGCUGCACCAGCCUGGUGCCGUCUCCAUCCCGCCUUCCGCCACGGCCUCUGCGCUCUGCCUGCCGCGCUUCGUGCAUGUCUCUGAUGUGCUCCGUGCGUACGGCCCUCUAGGGGAGUCUGUGCGAGUGCUGGCUGUGGGGGACCUGGUGGGGACGGCUGUGCUGGGCCUGCCUCACAGAGGGAGGAAUCUUUGGCUGGAUAAGGAUUUCGUCCGCCCACCCGGUGGCCGGUGGCUGGGGAGUUCGGGCAGCGGCGGUCUCCGAGAUUGGCUUAGUAUUUUUCAGUUCCUGCCCGGGUGCCGCAACACAGCGGCCAUCAUCCCGCCCCCGGCGGUCUUCCAGCGAGCUCAAGCCAUCAUCCGAUCCCUCUUUGGUGCAGCAAUGGUGGAUGGUGGUGCAUCUGAUAUGGGCGGUUCUGCGGAAUCGGAGACAGGUCAUUCUGGUGGUGACGUCUCAACAGAGGAGGUUCGAGCAGGGGAGGGUAAAGCAGGGGACACUGGAGCAUCGACUGACGCUGACCUGCCUGUUCCGGCAAACCUGCCAGCAUUCCUGGCAGUGCACUGGCGGCGGGGCGACUUCCUGCAGUUCUGUGCGCGCUCAGGGCCGCCCGGCUUCUGCUUCUACUCGCCCGUGCAGGCCGCGCAGUGCGCUGCUGACGUGGCGCGCCGCAACGGGCUCGUGAACGUCUACAUGGCAACGGAUGCUGAAGACAAGGAGUUCCAAGAGUUUCGAGAGACAUUGGGUCCAGAGUUCACGGUGGCGAGACUCCCCUCUUCCCCAUCCCCUCUAUUGCCGGACCCACAUCAAGAUCCUCUGUUGGGGCUGAGGCAUGGGGCUUUCCUCAAAGACGCAGCAAGCCUGCUGUACACCAUAUUGGAUAAGGUUAUAUGUGUUUACUCCACUGUGUUUUUAGCCACACCAUCAUCUACACUCUCUAACGAUGUUGCUCGUAUAAGGGAGGGGCUUGGCAUUCCUGCUGCGAUGGCUGCUGCUGCUGCUGUUGGAGCAGAGGAGGAAGCAGUGGGGGAGAGUGCGGAGGUGAGAAAAGGGGUUGAUUUUGGAGAGAGUACUGGAGUGGAGGAGGGAAGGGAUGGUGCUCUGUGUGAGGGGCAGAAAGAGUGGCAUCCUAUGGAUGGCUUACCCAAGAAGCUCCAACAAUUGAAGGCUUUGAGGAUUCUUUCGAAUGAUAAGGGAGAAUGUCACGAGCACAAUGCAGCGGACCCCGAACCUCAUUCCGACCCUGAGUCCGACCCGAGCCAUCACGGCCCGGAUACAGUAGUAGCAGAUUUUCAUGCUGGGGUGGAGAAAGGCUCACUGGGAUCGGAGGGUGAGAGGGGGUCGCUGAGCGGUGGUGAGGGUAGUGGGAUGUGGCGUGGCAAGCUGGUGUGGACGCCACAGCCCGACAGGUUCCUGCUCGCCGUGUGCCUGCGAGGCCAGAAACUGCAUUGUCUGCCUCAUCCUUCCCACUGCUCUCUGCCCCUCCUCUCCACCACCCUCGUUCUUUUCCACCUCAACCCCCCUCCCCCCAGCCUUUCCACCCACAUCGUGAACAACCGCAUUGGCUGUCUCUACCGCCACCUCAUCCUCGCCGCGCUGCUCAACCGCACGCUCCUCGUCCCUCCAGUUUUGCUCUCCACGUCCCUCGCCUACUGCAAGCACGGCCUCUCCGGCUCCCCCUGCCCCUCCGUCCCGCUCCCCCUCAUCUGGGACCUCGCGCACACGCGCACGUGUCUGGGCGGCGACACUGUCCUGCGCACGGACGAGUUUGCCGCCCGGUUCGGCCGCCCGCUGGAGGUGCAUCACCUGCGGUGCUGGCACGGGCCAGAAGCGACGUGUCCGAUGGGAAAUCCUGGGCUGCUGAAGAACUGCUUGGUUAAUGACACGACACAGGGGGGCGGUGGGAAGAGGAGGAGGCUGGCGGGAGUGUCUGGGGGAUUGAGGAAGCUGUCUCGAGUGGGAGUGGGAACGGGAACAGCGGCGGCUGCUGCUGUGAGAGGGUGGUUUGGAGGGAGUGAGAUGACGUGGGUGAGAGGGAGCAGGAGAAGAAAGCUGCUGCAGCAGCGGACCCUGCAAGACACCCCCUCCGCUAACCGCUCCCCACCGCUCUACACAGUCCAUUCCUUCGCCGACUCGCCCCUCCAAACCUCUGCGGCGCACCUGCACCUGUUGCCCCGCCAGCUCUCCCCAGAUGUGCACAUCAGCGCCAGCGCCACGGCGUCUGCAGUGUGCUUCCCCCGCUUUGUCCACGUACGGGAUAUCCUCCGUGCCUAUGCUCCAUUAUCAGCCUCCGUCCCUGUGCUUGCUGUGGGGGACCUGGUCUUCACCGCCUUCCUUGGCCUCUCAGACAGGUACGAGCAAUUCAAGGAGCGUCUUUUUCGGUACAAACGAUGGCGCGAGCGCGAGGAGGCUUCACAGGAAAGGGAGGGCACCUCGACGAGCAAUUUUGUUGGCAUGCUUGCGAGCAGCAGCAGCAGCAGCCAGGUGAUUCUGGAGUCUGAUUUCCUUGGGCCCGCUGGGGGGCGCUGGCUUGGGAGUGCAGGAAAGGGGGGUCUGAGAGAAUGGAGGAGCGUGUUCCACUACCUGCCUGGCUGUCCGGUUCCCGUGCCCAUUCUGCCCCCCAAGGAGAUUAUUGAGGAUGGUAGGCGGCUCGCACAAGCCCUGUUUGGUGGGGAGAGCGGUACCAGAGCUAGCAGCGGGGGUGGGGGUGACGAGGGCACGGAUAGCAGCUUCUCGAACGAUACACUUGCAGCGGUUGCAGGAGGGGCAGGAGGGGCAGCAGGGGACAAUCUCCCCGCCGUUUCACCCGCAGGAUCAGGCGGUGCAUCAGAGGGCGGGGGAGGAGGGGGGUACCUGGCGGUGCACUGGCGGCGCAGUGACUUCAAGGACUACUGCGUGUGGUCGGGGCCUUCUGGCUUCUGCUUCUACUCUGCGCAACAGGCUGGCAAGUGUGCUGCUGACGUGGCACGGCGCAACGGGCUAAGGAGUAUUUAUGUUGCUUCUGACGCCAAUGUGGAGCAGUUUGAAGAGUUUCAAAGGGCAGCAGGCUCUGCCUUCAAGGUCAUUCGCUACCCAGACAACCCAUCAGCAUUUCUCACAACCCUCACUUCAGAGCCUCUCCUUUCCAGCCUCCCUGCCUCCAUUGAUCGAGAGGAAGCUUCCCUGCUCCUGCACAUGCUCCUUGACAAGCUCAUCUGUGUACGCUCUACAGUGUUCCUCGCUACCAUGUCGUCCACUCUAUCCAACGACGUCGCUAGAAUGCGCGAGGGGUUUGGCGUGCCAGCAUCCUUAGCAGCAGCUGCUGAUCCUGGAGCUGGCAAUGCUGGGAAAGUGGCUGCAACCAAUGAUGCACCCGGUGACGUCGGUUUAGAAUUUGUGGUGAGCUCGGGUGUAGAGGAACGGAGGGAUGGUGGGCUGUGUGAAGGGGAGAAAGUAUGGCAACCCCUUCAGGGGUUGUUUGGGUGGAUGAAGGACAUGAAAGCCAAGAGAAUGACCGAGCAUUCAGCAGGAGAGUGGAGGAGAUGA